AUGCUUUUCCCAGAAGUCCAACCUCCUCAGGCAUCUACGGUUUCACACGGUGGACAAGCCAUACAUGUGCUCUGCUUGCGGCCGGUGCUUUUCCCAAAAGUCGGAUCUCCUCCGGCACCAAAGGAUUCACACUGGAGAAAAGCCUUAUUCGUGCCUGGUGUGUGGGCGGGGCUUUGCGCAAAAGUCAAACCUCCUUCGACACCAUCGGAGUCACUCCGGAGAAAGACCGUUUUCAUGCUCGGAGUGCGGGAAGUGUUUCGCAAAGAAACAGGAUCUUGUUUCCCAUCAGAUAAAGCAUGCAAAAUAGACAGGUGGCAAUUUAUAAAGCCAUGUGAAGUGCAAUGUGCAACCAGCUGA